GCCGCUGAUUUGUGGUGACGCGGGGUAUAAGUGAGGUCCCCCCCUCAGUUGCAUGGAAGGCGACCGCCGCAUUUGCUAGUAAAGAAAGACCAGGGCGGAAAGGGAAGCAAACUCCGCUAUGGCUACACCUCAAGGUCUCCUCGAACAGCCCAAAACAUCAAAAGACACUCAAAGUGGAGCGAACACCAGACUUGCUUAUGCUUCAUCAGCUAUGCAAGGACACCGUAGCACCAUGGAAGAUGCCCAUGCGGCUCUUGAAAAUCUUGAUGUUUCCACUAACACGUCAUUCUUUGGUGUUUAUGAUGGCCAUGGAGGGUGUGCUGUAGCAAAGUACUGCGCAAAUCAUUUGCACAAUGUGGUUCGUGAACAAGGGAACUUUCGUCAAGACCUGCCUAGUGCGUUGAGGAGUGCAUUUUUCAGAAUGGACGAGAUGUUGAAAAAUCAGUCGGCAUGCAAGGAAUUAACUAAGUACGGUAGUGGCAGCGAGUAUUUCAGAACAGUUGAUAAGUCGUCUUGGCUCAAAUGUACUACCUGUGUGCAGAGACCUACCUAUCAGGGACCAUUUCAUGAAGGAUGUACAGCAUGUGUGGUUCUCAUUAGAAACAACCAGAUCGUUGUUGGAAAUGCUGGUGAUGCUCGUUGUGUACUCUCUAGGAAUGGUCAGGCAAUUGCAUUGUCCAAUGAUCACAAACCAAAUUUUCCGGCAGAGACUCAGAGAAUACACGCUGCCGGGGGUUACGUAUCUUUUUCUCGGGGUUCCCACCGUGUUAAUGAUGGAAUUGCGGUCUCAAGAGCAAUCGGGGAUUUAUUCUACAAGCAGAACAAAACUUUGGGUUCUGAUGGACAAAUGUUGACUUGUUCUCCUGAAAUUAGAUCUGAACAAAUAACUGAUGAUACUGAGUUUCUUGUUAUAGCAUGUGAUGGAGUCUGGGAUGUCUUGCCAAACCAGGAAGUGGUCGAAUUUGUAAGCAUUCGCUUAAGAAAUGGGAUGGAUCUGUCGACAAUUUGCGAGAGCCUUCUUAAUGAGGCCCUUACACACGUCCCACCGUCAAUGGACAACAUGAGCGCCAUACUGGUUAGGUUUCUGCACCCAGACGACAAGAGGGAGGGGCCGGCUCCCGAGACCAGCACCCAACCCCGCCGCCGCAGCAGAAGCGCAUAGAUUUGAUCUCGUUCCUUUUCAUGUGGAAAGGGGGAUGGACCUUGAAUUUACUCCUUCAUAGGAUUGUUUUCCAUUAAUGACUAGUUGCGUACUUAGUAUUGACGACGGAAAUUUGGCUUGGAAGGUUGCUUGAAUUCGUUGCAUAUUCCUUUCUGGUAUUGUUUAGUCUUGAAGAAGAUGCUUAAUUGACUAGUAGUACUCUUUUGAUGGAAUACCAAGUUGCAAUAACAGGCUAGUUCAUUAUACCUUUAUGAUCUC